AUUGUGCCCUGGUCAAAGUCACUUAUUACACCCACACUGGUAGAGGAAUCACUAAGGAAAUGACUGGUUAUCUGCAUCGUAACAAGCAAGUGGAUCUGGUGACACAUCAACAAAUUAUGAAGAGAUACAAUAAGAUGGAGGAAUAAGAAGAGGUGGAGUUAGAGAAGGAAGACCAAGUAAAACAGAUAUGGAUGAAGCUGGGCGAAAAGGAGCACCAAGAAUGCACCUGCAAAACCAAAAAUGUGCUACAAAUACAGAAUUAAAGCACAUGGCAGAGUCUAUGGCCUGUCACCCUCUUCACCAUCUCCAAUCAUCUCACCCCGUGGAUUCAGGUCUAUUCACUUACAUCCUUCCCUCACACUCAAACACUCUCUUCACCCACUUACGUAGCCUUCAGGAGGAAGAACUACUCUUGGACUGCAUUUUUCCUCCCCAAUGCAACUCCUUCCAAGCUCACAGACUUGUGCUGGCAGCAGCCAGUCAAACCCCCGAUGAUUUUUUUUUGUCAAAACAAAAGUCUGGGCUUGGGGUGGAGGAAAUUGCCAAUCAUUUGACCCCAGUUGGUCUGAGAGUUGUUCUGGACUUUGCGUACUGUGGAGAUGUAGUCGUGGACUUGAGUAGAGAGGGUGUAAUGGAGGAUGUGCUGAAUGCUUGCAGGUGUCUUGAGAUGGAGAGACUGAGGCAAAGGUGCACAUCAAUGGUAGAAACCUCUGCAGCCACAGAGAGAGAGAAGAGCUUGACGAUCAUCAAUGAAUUGUGGGAGAGAGGUGUCGGCUGUGACGUCACAAUACAAGCAGAGAGUGGAGAGAGAUACUCAGCACACCGUGUGGUGUUAGCUGCAGGUGGCGACUAUUUCCGGGCAUUGUUCUGUGGAGGGUUACGGGAGUGCACUGAGGACAUUGUGUGCCUGCGAGGUGUGGAAGCCUGGGUCAUUGAAUCCAUACUAGGCUUCAUCUACACGGGCCAGCUCAGUCUGGGAUGGGGCCAGAUAUGGGAGCUCGCAGAUGCACUGUUUCAGUUCCAGCUGCUGGGGGCACUCUCACUGUGCAUUGACUUCCUGUUGGCAAGAAUGGAUGAAAGCACCUGUCUGGAUGUGCUAGUCCUGGCUGAGACCUAUGGGCUGGUCCAGCUGGGCCUGGGUGCAGAGCAGUACAUCCAAGCCCACUUCCAGUGCAUCUCUGCAGGAGAGAAGUUCAAGGAUGUCCCCUGUUACCUCCUGGACAAGUUGCUUGAUAAGGACUCAUUGUGUGUAGAGAGUGAGAUAGUGGUGUUCAGGGCAGUGGUGAGCUGGGUGGAGGACAACCCUAAAGAGAGACUACCAGUUCUGCCAGGCCUGCUCCACCAUGUUCGUUUCCCACUCCUCAGCAUCUCUGAGCUCAACGAGGCCCUAAACUGCCGCCUCCUUCGCAGGAGUACCAGGGCCAGAGGAUCUCUGGAGGUACUCCGAAGCCUCCUGGAGGGGGAUUACAGGGGGCCUGAAUGCCGAUCUCGCACCCCAAACCACGUGCUGGUUCUGGUCUGUGGGGACGCUAUCGAUGAUGAGUUCAUGAGGAGGGUUCCAAGCCAGACCUUGUGGUUUGCUCAGCAGUUCCAUCGCGGACCUGGUCUAAUCAGAAGCAUAGAUUGGAGGCCAUUCGCCAAGCUCCCUAAACCGGCCCGGUUCAGACACUGCGUCUGUCUCCUCAACAACAAACUGUAUGUCCUGGGAGGACGCAAGUACUACGGAGUGCUAGAUAUCCUCAAGACUGCCUUGAGGUUUGACCUGUCUCAGUGCAAAUGGCAACGACUACCUGACAUGAUGACUCAAAGAGAUUACUUUUCUGCUGUGUCUCUGGACGGUAAAGUCUUCGUUCUGGGUGGUAACCGUGACGACAGCCAAUACCUGGAUGCUGUGGAGUACUACACUCCUGAGGACAACACCUGGAGGCGGGCUCACCCUCUGGACACAGCUGUCUGCGGCCAUGCUGCGGCUGUUCUGGAUGGGCAGAUUUACAUCUCUGGAGGCUGUGACCCCCAUCAGCGCUGCCUUCCUUCUAUGUGGCACUACCAUCCUUCCCGUGGCUGUUCCACCAGAGCGCCCAUGACUGUGGGAGCGGGACGUGCGGGCCAUGCCAUGUUAGCUUUGGGGAGGGGGUUAGUGGUAGCUGGGGGGCUGCAGCCACUCUGGAUGGGCUUUGGAGACCAACUCCUCUGCGAGAUGUACGACCCCACAAAUAACUCCUGGUCCUCCAUCCCCGCCCUGCCUCAACCUCAUCUGUCACCAGGGGCAACUGUGCUUGAUGGACAGUUAUAUGUGUUGGGAGGGUCUUCAGCAAGCACAGAAGGCAAUACCAAUCGGGUGCAUCGAUAUGACCCCAUGGAGGGGUGCUGGGAAAACCUGGGGGAUAUGCCACACCCAUACACAGAUCUGGCAGCGUGUUCCUUACCCAUUCCUGGCAGAAUGUGAGAAAUGUAAUUCUGCUGACGAAACUAGGUAACACUUUGUCUGAAGGGGUCUGACAUGACACCUGUCAUGAUCAUGACAAUGUCAAAACCAACCACAUGUGACAAUUUAAUGUGAUGGCAAGUUGUCAUAAAAAAAGACAUUGACAGGGUAUGCUGUCUCGCUUAAUGUCUAGUUGUCAUACCAAAGACAUCUUAAACAAUGUCAAGUUAAGUGACAUAAUUGACCAAUUGUUGACCAAUUGUUGACCAAAUAUUGACCAAAUAUUGACCAAAUGACAACAGUCAUUAAAUAAAUAAUUCAGAAAGACGGCUUCAUGGUUACGAUGGUGGCAUGUUAGUCUAAUGCACACCCCUUCAAAUAAAGCGUUACCAGGAACUCUAUGGUUGGAUACUAUACCUUUUUUUGGUACAUCGGUACUUUACUCUCUCCCCUCAACAUUAUAACAUUUUGUCAUUUAUUUGGAACACACAAAAUAAAACCCUUCCAUCCCUGUCCCCUUCCAAACCUGUCAGUCACCGCCUGUCUACAGUGCACAGUGUGAGGGUUGGCGAAAAUACGUAGGUAACCUCAACCAGCCCAGUUAUAUCCAAGAACAACUGAUCCAACUAGUGAUGCCUCAGUUUCAUCGGCAUGGAGGAUUCAACUUCUCACUGCUGCAGUACACAGUCUGCAUAACCUGACUCAGAUUCAGAUUCAGAUUCAGAUUCAGAAAUACUUUAAUAACUCACUGUGACUUAAAUAAGCAGUAGCGGGCAAUGUAAUGUUGGUCUUACACUCUCUCUUUUUGUCUAUGCUACUCUAUCACCCAGAUGCACUCGCAUGUACUAAAAUUUGGCACCAAUUGAUUUAAUGUGAGUAAAACAUGUAGCUGCUAAAGGACAACCAGGACUGGGCCUGCCUCAAUGAGACCACUUUAGAACAGUCUGCGACAUGACCAGGUUUGAGCAGGUUUCAGGAGUCAAGACAGAACCCAUAUAGAGAAAACACAAUUCAAUAUUGUCCAUUCUGUUGUCUUACUGUGAUAACUUCUAUUACUCAGAUGCUGUCCUCGGGAUAUAUACAUGUGACAGGAAACAGGACUCGUGGUGUAGGUUAAUCAAGAACUGUGUGCAGAGCAGAUAUUAACAGAUUUAAAUGUGUAAUAUUCACACUGAUAUGUUCACUAUGUGUGCUUCUUUCUUAAAGUUUUGGUAUGUUUUUAAAGCUGCAUGAAUUGUUUUUUGGCCACUUUGUUGUGAACACAACACUGACAUACAGUAUAAUCACCUUUUAAUUUCGUAUAGCCAACUUGUGGGCAAACAUGUAGCAGUUAUGGAGCAACAUUAUCAUUCAUUUGGAGUCUUGUUUCUGCCCACUUGGCAAAUGUAAGCUUCUAGCUCUGUUUUUGGUUUCUAGCAAGUCCUGAGAAAAAUUUCUAGUGGCUAAAUUAUCAGGUUGUAAAUUCUCUACUAUACUCAACAGCUAGUGAGUGUUGUUUGGUGGUGAGCAAGUAGUGUGGGUUUUAGGAGCUUUUUCAUUGAACAGCUGCCUACUGUGGCUGAAAACAAAGAGAACGGCAAGAGUUUAACAGUAAAGUUGUGGGCUGGACAGCUAAACAACGAGCUAAAGCUAAAGGAAACUGCCGAUUAGGCGGUUAAUCUGUUAAUCUGUGUUCCUCAAGAAAUAGAAAUUUAGGCAUUUGAUUCAGGCUCUGAUACACAAAAAAGACAAUGAUCAAACAAGGAAAGGAAGAUAGAAAUAAGAAAAAUAACUCUGUUAACACCUCUAGCUGAAAGUGACGGUUGCUUCAGCGGCUGCAGGUCAUGACCACAACCUCAGCAUUUAAGUUAACGGUUGUCUUAUGCAUUUCUUGUCAAAAACAUCCUGUGUUAUAUGCCAGUGGGUUCCAAACUGACAGCUAUGCUUUUUUGACACAUAUGAUAUAGGCACCAGAAAAUAGCAAUGGCUUGCUAAGCAAUAGAUUGUGUGUAUCGUAUUGUGUGUUUCAUAUUUGAUGUAGAUGAGUCAGGCUUUGUGUGUGCCUUUUGAUCUUAACAUUGCUAAUUCGAUGCUAAACUGCUAAAUGCGGGACUGAAUGUUCCCAGUUUAUCAGGUUCAGUAUCAGUAUUAUAUCAGUAUCAGGUUUUUUUACUACCUGAUACUGAAUUUAACAUUUUGAUUUUAAUUAUUUAAUUAUUUAGAUGCUAAUAGAAGCAUGCGCUCGGUUGUGUUAUCCAGCCUGUGUCUAAAUACAUAGAAGGAUAAAAGUCAGUCUACUUAAGGCCCAGUUAGGAUUAUCUAAUGGCAGAAAUUUAAUAUAAUAUGCAUAGGUAUGUUUUCAUUAGUGUAUAAUCACCUGAAAGUAAGAAUGUUUUUGUUACCUUAGCAUGAGCCAUUUUUAGCUACAGAGGGAGUCCUCUUCCAUGAAAGUUGCCAUGUUGAGCUGUUUCUAUAGUAGCCCAGAAUGGACAAACCAAAUACUGGCUUUAGAUAAGGCCUUUUGCGUUUUCCGCAAUUUUCACAGCCGCCAUAGAUUCUCAGACAUACUUAGACUGAGAGGAUGAGGCAUUUCAAUCAGCAACUACACUGCCAGAUGCCACUAAAUCCCACACACUGGACCUUUAAGCAGGCGCUAACAUAACGUUUAACUGCAAAUGUAUAAUAUAGAAACUCAUCUGAUACCUAGGUUAUAGGGCACAGGUAAGUGUUCUUUAGAUGUGCUUGGCUGGAGAGAGAAUCAGCUAGGAACCACGACAUUUGCUAAAUGUGUGAUUAGGUUUUUAUCUGCUAUUUUUCAGUAAGGCUCUUUGUAACCUUGUUUAAAAAAGUGCUAUAUAAAUAUAGUUUAAUAUUAUUAUUAUUAUUAGUAGUAGUAGUAGUAGUUGUAGUUCUAGUAGUAGUAGUAGUAUGACACACUCUAUGGUUAUGGUUAAUUAAAUUAAGGCACAAAAUUACUUAGAUUAGGUUUAGAUUCAGGGAAAAACCAUGGUUAGGGUAAAAUCAGGACAUAACCACACAGUCGUCAUGUGGAUGUCCAACAAGGUACAGUUGUUGCGUAUAUUUCCCCACUUUUAUCUCUCCCAAUUUCCUAUCAGUUAAUUAAAAAGAAUAACUUCUGCUUUCUGUCAGACAGCCCUGAAAGGGAAAAUCCACUGACGGCAUACAUCAAGGUCAGUUUACACGUCAUUGGGAGCACUCGUCAGCAGCUUUUGUGGGUCUGAAGGACAUUCUUAACUUUUAGGAAAUAACCCUUGAUGAUUAUGUCAUCAUAGUUGUACCUGCCAAGGACUGAAACAAAUUGAGGGAAGAAAGGCGAGUAUAGUCAAGUGGGUCGAAUGGUAAAUUAAGUCAAGCUAUCUAAAUUUUAACAUCAGCAGAACAAAGGAAAACACAAAGACAUUUUGACAAUUUUUUACGAAAUAAAAGUUUCAUUAAAAAAUAAAAACAUGGGAAUAUUGUGUGCACCAAAGCAGAAACCAAAGUCAAAUUAAAUCAACUGAACAUCACCUCUUCAAGUUCAAGAUGUUCCACACAUACAUUUUUAAUUCUCCAAAAUGUCAGUCAACCACUUCAAUCAAACAAAAAAUAUGCUAAAUGAGGUCACACAACCCACAACAUCAAAUCUUCUGCAGUAAUGUUGUCCUAUUUAUCUGCUUUUUUCACACACUACAGAACAACAGCUUCCUGUCAUCAGUGAUAGAGGUUGACGUUGGCUAAGACUGAGUGUGUGUUGCAUAGGAGAGGGUAGGAAGAUAAUAAAAUGAACAACUACAGUUAUUCAGUCUUUUAUAUACUUUUUGAUCAUUUGCCAUUGUCAUUGAAGAUGUUCUCUUCUUGCUGUCCUUUGACUUUUUAUUUUCUUGCAUUACUUAUUUUAUUAAAAACUAAUGUCCUCAAAAGGACAACACUCUGAAGUCAGUGAUCAAAAAGGUACUUUUUGACCUUUAAGUUCUUUUAGGGUUUAGGGGAAUCACUCCAAAUCAGCAAACAUUAGUUUCUAAGGUUAUUUUGGUUAUUCAUCUUUUAUGUGAGCGAAAACGGUUUUUUAAACAUGAUGGUGUUCUGAAUAGUGUUGUAGAUAAUAGUGUAGAUUAAGGAAAUUAGACAAACGAAUAACAAACACUGUAGCAUACUGCUUCUUCCCUCAUGGGCCUACUAGUCCAAAACUGACAUUCAAGAAAAUGAGAAAAUUCUGCGCAGUGUCAUUACAAAUGAUCAGAGGCAGAGCUGCUUUGAAAUCAUCUUAUUGGUCCUCAACUAAGGUUCAGUCAGGAGAACCCAGACCUUAUACAAAUAGUAUUUCAGGCCAUUUACAACAUGGUGUAAAGUGACUUCAUUUAGGCCUUUGAAAACUAGGAUCCAUUCCCUUUUAAAAAACAGGAAGCUUGCAUGACAUUAAAACAGGGUCUUUCAAAGCAUGCUUUCUAUUCAUUUUUAUAGACUAUUCUCUAUGGCUUCAUCUGACAAACAAUAUUUUGCAAAUGAUGUAAACAAAGCAUUGUUUUGUAAAACUAAAUGUAGACAUUUCUGAAUGUGAAUGUGAACUUCCUGUAUUCUGAACUUACUUGCCGUCCUCAGCAGACAGUUUUGUGCAGUUGUUCAUGUUUAGUAAUGUUUUAUUGACUGCUAUGACCUCUCUGACUGACUGAAAGCAUCAGAGACACCACAAGAUAUAGAAGUCUGUGAAUAGUGGGUCUUGGCCUCUUUAGAUGGAGGUUUUUAACAUUCAUAAAUGGGACCGGGCCUCUUGGUUGCUAGGUGCAGUUUAAACUGGUCAUCAUAUAGUUGUGUAUCCAGGAUGUUCUUAGUCAAGAUUUUUUGAAAUCCAUGUAAUUUAUCUGACUCAUCUUUCGUGUGACAAUGUUUCCUUUUGGCUAGCGCUAAGUGAUAUUCAGCAAAUUUGAGGCAAGCUCUGAAUCUGGAAGUAGAUAAACCACAUGAAAUGUUGUAACUUGGCCGUUUCAGUCAGGUCUUGUGAAACAGUGGAUGACGAAUAUGGUAAAUAACGUGAAAGGAAGGAUACUUUGAUGAAAUGUUGCUUACAAAAUGUUCUAUUCAAACUGAACAUUUAUGUAAUAGCAAUGCAACAUCAUACGUCGGUAAAGGACAAUACUUCAUGCAGUUGUCUGGAGCUCUCAAUAAUAAUGCAGACCAGCA